AUGUCCACUCCUGCCCUCUUCACGCCCAUCCGCGUCGGCGACAUCACCCUCGCCCACCGCGUCGUCCUCGCCCCGCUCACCCGGUACCGCAACGACGACGCCCACGUCCCGACCGAGCUCGGACUCGAGUACUACACCCAGCGCUCGAGCGUGCCGGGCACGUUGCUCAUCACCGAGGCCACGUACAUCUCCCCGCAGUCGAGCGGACAGCCGAACGCCCCGGGGAUGUACAACGACGCGCAGAUCGCGUCGUGGAAGAAGAUCACGGACGCGGUGCACAAGAACGGGUCGUUCAUCUACCUCCAGCUGUGGGCGCUGGGCCGGGCCGCGCGCCCGGCGCUGUUCAACAAGGAGUUCCCCGACUACCCCUUCGUCUCCGCGUCCGACAUCCCGCUCAAAGACCAGCCCGGCUACACCCCGCGUCCGCUCACCAUCGACGAGAUCAAAGAAUACGUGCAGUGGUGGGCGACCGCGGCCAAGGACGCGGUCGAGCGCGCCGGCUUCGACGGCGUCGAGAUCCACGGCGCGAACGGCUACCUCGUCGACCAGUUCCUGCAGGACGUCUCGAACACGCGCACGGACGCGUACGGGGGCUCCGUCGCGAACCGCGCGCGCUUCGCGCUCGAGGUCGUCGACGCCGUCGCCGCCGCGAUCGGCGCGUCCAAGACCGCGAUCCGGCUGAGCCCGUGGAGCCUGUACCAGGACAUGCGGAUGGAGGACCCGGUGCCGACGUUCACGCACGUCGUCGAGCAGAUCAAGCAGCGCCACCCGGACCUGGCGUACCUCCACGUCGUGAGCGUGGGCGGGCCGGGCGGGAAGCCUCCAGCGGAUCCGAAGCAAAACGACUUCAUCUACGACCUCUGGGCGCCGCGCCCGCUCAUCACCACUGGCGGGUUCGACCGCGAGUCCGGGAUCGAGACGGCGGAGAAGACGGGGCAGAUCAUCGGCUAUGGGACCGCGUUCCUCUCCAACCCUGACUUGCCCUUCCGGCUUCGUGAGAACAUCAAGCUCAACGACCCCGAUUACUCGACGUUCUUCACGGCGAAGACCGCGCAAGGGUACACGACCUACCCCUUCUCUGAGGAGUUCUUGAAGACUAAGGCAUGA